AUCUCUCUCUCCGACAUGUUUAACCACUCGUAUUCUAACCAAUUCGGAAGAGCAACGCUCAACAACAUUCAGGGAAAUCAACACAUUAACUACUACCUACAACACCAGCAUCAAUCUGUACCGGCCCAUGUAGGUGGAGAGGAGUGGAAGACGAGGAUGUAUCGGGAGUAUUCCUAUGUUCCGGCAGGGAAUAUCAAGAUCAUCAAAACCGUUGCUGUGCAAGGUGUUUUGCUACGAGAAUACGAGAAUGACCCCGACUGUCUUAAGUCGCACCAGAGAUACGACGCGUCAAGGGCGAACCGGGAAGCACAUCUGGCUUGUCUCGUUGAAGGGAGGAAAGAGUCUUCACCAUUUUUAUGUGUUGCGUAUACUGGAAGCGACGCACAGAAGGUCUUCAAACGGGAUUACCUCGCAUUUUCCCGCAUCAGAAAUGCUCAUGUAAUGCAGCUUCGGGGGUUUAAUGAUUCUGAUAUUCCGAUGGUCCUCUUUCACGAAGAACUCAUCCCGGUACAUCAUAUUUUCCAAAGACACCGCGAACUCUCGAUAGCUCUGCAAUGCUAUAUUGCUUUGCAAGCCAGCAUCGCAAGGGAAAGUAUACUUGAAUGGCACCAGACUGAGGUGGACCACUAUUAUUGCGAUAAUGUUUGGAUUCAACCAAGGAAUGGAAGGAUCUCGUUCGGCCCACGGGUACCUCUGACUGAAUAUUUUUCUGUGUAUGGCGGUUGGGAACUUGGAAACUGCACCGACAUGCCAGCUCUUCCUACUUACAUGUACAACGCCAAUUGUCUCCUCAAGCAUCUUCUCAACUACUCUUCAGACAAUUUUCUUCUGUCCGGUCUUGAUUCAACAUUGAUCAGUCACCUGUUGUAUCGAGAGAAAGUGUACAUCCCUCAGAACAAUCAGGUCUGGCUUCGUUCAUCUGGACGACCUAUUACGAAUUUCCAACCUCGGUCCUGUUGGACUCAUCGGGUGUGGCAAUUCCCGUUUGUUGAAGACCAUUUCGAACUGAUCACCUUAGAAGAUGGGAGGACACGGUUAUCUAUAAAAUCAAUUACUCCCCAGCUCUUGCAUGAGUGCAUUGUCUCGUUUGUAUACGGGAUGGAUGAAGGACUUCCACAUUGCCGUAGACAUGGAAAUUGGCUUUCCCAAUCAUGUAGCAUUUUCAGCACAAUGAAUAUACCAAGGCAUGAAUGGUCAGACUGUACGUUGCUUGGACAGAUUUGGUUGGACCUCAUCAUUGAUGACACCGAGCUUGACUGCAUUGCCUCCGAUAUGAUUCCCCAUGACCUCGAAACUCAGUAUUACCUCUUCGUACUCCCGCCACCUCAAAACAUUAACAAUUCUCCCGACGUGAUUACAUGGAUGUUAGGAAAGGACCUGUACUAUUGGUCCUCCGACCCUAAUGGGCAAACGGUGAUGCCAGAGAGUCAACGUGUAUCGUUGGGGCUUCCUUCCCCUAUUCCGGAAGCUUGGGGUACCUACGAGACCUGGAGUGCUGAGACAUACGACCUCAUGCGGGCAUGGCAGGAGGCGAAAGGUUUUGACCCCUCGACGACCGAUUUUGCGCGUUCUUUGGGCCACACGAUUUUGGAACCAUUAUUUUCCGAUCCCAUGGAUGGCGAUGUAGAGCGUUUCAGGGCUCUUUCCGAAGAUACGGAUGGGCCAUCAUAUACUACGCUGAAGGCCCAUAAUGGCGACGAAGGAGCCAUGGAUGUAGAUUUGCCGACAUCCCUUUCCAGCUUGCGAAUAGAAGUAGGUGGCCACGGAACCUCGGUGGUUGAAGGUUUUGUGGCUGCGAAUACGGAUGUGGAGGUGGAUUAG